AUCUUGUUCUGUCGCGUCAUUUCUAUAUUUUACCUCUUUCGCAUGCACUCACACCCUAUCUCGUACCCUAUCUCAACUCCUUCGAUAUUGUCAGAGCGUCUGGGGCGUGGGUAACGCAUCCACCGGCAACGCCAGAAGUUGAGUAAGACGUGGGACAAAUCGCGCCAAAAAACCAGCACGUAACGGGCGCAAAACCCACUGCGCAAGGACCGUUCGUCAGGGAGUCGAGGGAACAAGGGCAUCCGCCUCCACCGGUCCCAAACACCUUACACACCUUAUUAUUAUCCUUAUCUCACCUUCGGCCCUUUCCCGGAGACAAUGGGAAAGCCCCACGUUCCUGCGGACGACGGGUUUGACGAUCCCCCUCCGCCCUCCUACGAGGCGUCCACCGCCGCCGUCUCCACCUCCGGGGCCCCGCCCGGCCAGCAGAGCCCCCGGAGCAGCGUCUCCAGCACCCGCUCCCACCACGGCCUCCUGCCCGUGUCGUCACCUCCCGCGCCACAGGCACAGCCAACGGCCAGCUCAGCGGCAUCACCGGGACCCGAGAACACACGAGGCUACGCAAAGACCGACCCGAUGGCGUGGGUGGACCGCACGUGGGACGACAAUCGCGGCAAGCCCGGGUGCUGCGGGUCGUCGAGUGGCGGGUGCUGCUUCUCAAGCCGUGGAGGUUGCUGCUUCUCCGACCGGGGUGGGUGCUGUUUCUCCGACCGUGAGGGGUGCUGUUUUUCGGAUCGUGGAGGGUGCUGCUGGGGAGAUCUGGCGGGUGCUUGUUGUUCAUCACGGGGAGCUUGUUGCUUCAGCUAGGGAUCGACGCAGUAGUUGUGGAGGAAGCUUAAAGGAGAUGGCUCCUCGGGACGAGAUGAGGCGACUCUCGUGGCGUACUGAGAUGACGUGGAUCUAUGGGCUCGCUGGUUUAUGAUUCUCUAUCUUUUGGAUACCCCCCUCAUGCGUUGACGACAUAGAUGACGAGGACGGGGCUUGUGCUAUACUCUUUGUACACUUUCAAUACAUAUCACGUAUUAUUCGUCCUUCCCCCA